CGCAACACCCAACUCAAGCCGAUAGUCACAAGAAGCAUAUCCCAGUAUUAGCCAAGCGACUGGUUCCUGUUAUAGUUUACCAUGUCAUCCCCAGCGCCAAGGCUGCAGGACGCGCCUGAUGAUGAUUUGGACAACCUGUUCAACUACGAUGCCUCAAUGGACGACGCCUUCAGAGACUUAGAUCAACCGGGAGUCAGCGAGGAACGCUCAGGACAACAAAACAAGGAGAACACAGCAGGGCUUGGUAUUGAUGAGGAAGUCAAAGUAGCGAAGAAAAGGCAGCCGGCGCCUAAGUUGGAUGAAUCACGAUUAUUGUCUGCGGCUGGCAUACCGAAGCUGCGAAAAAUAUCAAAGGAAAGGUUGAGAUUCAAAGGCAAAGGUCACGAAUUCUCAGAUGUUGUACGGCUCUUGAACAUGUAUCAGUUGUGGCUCGAUGAUCUCUACCCUAGAGCAAAGUUCGCAGACGGAUUGGCCAUCAUCGAAAAGCUGGGCCACACGAAGCGCAUUCAGAUAAUGAGGAAGGAAUGGAUCAAUGAAGGGAAGCCGAAGCCAACUGUCGAGGAGGAAUUCGAAGCACCCACUCCGGAAGAGCCGGUCGAGUCAGUAGAGGACAUUCAGGAUAAGUCUCAGGGAGGCGAGCCGGACGGGGACACCGAAAUGCCCCAGGAGUUGUCCGCCCCCGAACACACCGCCCCCGAAGACUCCGCCUCACCGAGUCGGCAAUAUAAUAUACCUGAGGAAGAUGACUUGGAGGCGUUGUUAGCCGAAGAGGAGAUGAGCGGUGGGCCCGCAAAGGAUUCUCCGUCCGGAGCAGGAUCGAUGCUCGAGCGUUCGAAACCCCUGCAAGGGCAGGAUGAUGAAUUCGCGGAUGAGAUGGAGGCCAUGGAAGGCCUGGAGGACUUUUAGCUCCCGAGCUCGUUUCAUAAUGCAUAGCGAGACGGCGUUCAGGUCAUUGCGGAGCUCGGGCUUUCGGAACACAGUAUCAGACUAUCUUC